CAGCGUUCAACAUUCCUCCAGAACACUCCAACACCUCAAACACACACACGCAUGAACACACACUCUCUCUCCAUGCACACUGGAAUGGCAUUGCAGUGAGGCGCCUGUCCAUCACAGCUAAAGUAGUAACCUUUUAAGAGCCAUAAUGCCCAUCCUGAAGAAGCUGCCUGGCAGGUCCAAGAGUAACCAUGACAACGCCGAGAUGGUGCUGAAGAGUAACCACAGCAACGGCGAGAUCAACCUGCAGAGUAACCUUGGCAACGGCGAGCUCAUCCUGCCCCCAUCCAGCCUCAACCCCUUUGAGGACAUGGAUCCAGACAUGGGCUUCAAUGAGGUGAUGUCGUCACGAGAAGGUGAGGCGCUGGAGAACGAGGUGAACGCCGAGCUGCACGGAGGGUCGAAGAUCACUGACAGGUCAAAAGGAAGCUUGCCUCUCAGAGGGACAUUGGAACGCAUCUGCAGCUCGUCCACCGUGAAGACGCUGGGCAAACUCAGCAAGGGCCUGCGCAUCACUGGGCGAAACCUGCGGAGCUCCACCCUUCCGGCCGCGCCCACUUCAGGGAAAGAGAAGAAGAAGAAGAAGAAUCACCGCAGAGCAUCUGAGGAAAUCAUGACCCUGCUGAGGCUGGCGGGUCGGAAGAAGAAGAGUGAGCGGAGGGAGAGUCUCCCUGUGGGAGAUUUGAACGGUGAGGAUGAUGAAGACGCCCACCGGCGUCCCUCGUUCCUGCGCAGCCUCGGUAAGCUCAGGGGAGACUCGCUAACAAACCGCGACUCGCAGGAGGCCGAGCGGGAGAGCCCCGAGGAGGAGUCGCCGGUCAAACGCAGAGAGCCGCUCUCAGUCCUAGAAAUUCUGCAGCUGGUCAAUCAGAGGGACCUCCUCCUGGCUGACACCCACAUCCAAGAGCUGGAGAGAGAAUGUGCUUUGGACCCUGCCCUCUUCGCACAAACCCCACCCACCACAACCACACCCACUGCAGUAACCCCUCCUCCUCUCCCCUCUCCUUUGCGGCUCGCCCUGGUGGCGGGGCUGUGUGAGGAGGAGCCCCCCAACGCAUGGGACGCGAGUCUCCGCAAGGUCAAAGACGUGGAGCUGCUGUACGAAGCGCUGCAGAGGGAAAUGUGGGAUGUUGUGCGUGAGUCGCUACGGCAACCUUGUGCCGGCCCACAGCUGGGACUUGUGGUCCUCGUCAUCCAGCAGGAAGAACAUGCUGACCAUGUGUGGAUGCUGCGCCAGGAGGCUCAGGCCAACCUACAGGAUGGGGACAAAGAGGUCCGAGAUGGGGAGUCUGACCUGCACGAAGGGGCCCACUCCGACCUGCAGGAGGGGGCUCGUUCCUGCAAGAGGCCCAGGAAGCUGAGGCAGAAGUGGGCGGAGGCAGUGGGUGAAGCCGCCGAUUGGUCACUGCCACAACCAGGGGGUGUGGCCGCAGGGCAGAUGGGCAUGUUUUUGGAGCGGCUGAGGGGCCGGGUGGUGGAGGACAUGGAUGCGGCGAGGAGGAAUGUGGUGGCAGUGUAUCCAACAGAUUUCACUGUGCUUCAGGUUUACAUGCAGAGUUAUCACAGGGCUGUGGCCAAACGUCUAAAGACCAUCACCUCUGGACCUGUGCAGAUCACUGAUAUCUACUCACUUCUGGACUGGAUCUACAACAUCUACAACAGGGAUGUGUUAGCCACAGUGAAGAUGAUGGGGUCUAUAGACUGCUCUGCUCUUGAGCCACUGUUACCUGAAGAAGUCAUCGACAGACUGGAGCAGGAGUGUCUCAACACUGUUUGGGACAAGGUAACUACAGAGCUGUCUCAGGUUCUGGAGGACGAGGAGAAGCGAUGGGCUCAGACGCUACAGAUAGAAGAAUACCAGUCGGGCCUGGCGCGCUCAAUCAUACAGAGGCUGAAGGUUGACCUGGACAGAUCCACAGGUGUAAGCCAGCUGUUGGGCGCCCGAGUGGCCAGAUGCACUCUCAACGGCCUGGCCGACUUCCUGCACAGUUUCCAGAGAAAGGUGGAAAUGUUCCAUGAGACUCAGGCAGAGUUUGGAGACCGAGGUGACGGUUAUGUUUCCCGGACCAUCGCGCUGGCGAACUGUGUUCCUCCGUUCAGGAGUUUUGUGGAGCGCUGCAGGCAGUGUGAUCCUCUGGGCAGUGAGGACUCGUCCCAGAGAGCGCAUUCAUCACUCGAACGCAUCAUCAACCAGUCCGUACGGGUUCUGACCGACAGACUGUUCGAGAACAUUAAGCCCUUCUUCGAUAAGCUGCUGAGGAAGAAAUGGCUGAAUAACACUGAGGCCUACGAAAGCAUCGAGGCCUCCAUCAAACAGCACUUUAAAAAGUUCCGCAGGAUGGACUGCCCCCCAUAUCAGACGCUGGUGAACGAGGUGCACAGGAGGGUGAUGGUGGAGUAUGUUCGGGCCAUCAUGAGGGGGCGGGUCAUCUGUACAUCCCUCAAAAUGAGAAAGAGGCUGGCAUUCCGCCUGCAGGACGAGGCCAAACAGAUCAAAGCCCUCUUCAAAGACCUGGAGUCCACCUGUUCGUGGCUGGAUAAUUUGAUUGGUCACCUGGCCGACAUCAUUCUCCUGGAGGACAUGCCCUCCAUUCAGAUGGAGGUGGGAGUGCUGGUCAAAGAGUUUCCAGAUAUUCGGAGGAAGCAUGUUGCUGCUGUGUUGAAUGUGAGGGGCAUGGUGCAGCAAUCAGAGCGUCAGGAGAUCCUUGCUGUCGUCCGGGACUUUGAGAACAUCAGCGACAUGCCCAGAGACCACGCCCUGUUCUCUGAGAUUGCAGUGGCGACUGACAUGCCCUGCCUGGGACUUGUUCUGAUCCGUUUUGCACUGACAGUGUCAUCGUGGGUGUCCAGUGCUCGCCCCCACAGGAGACACACCAGAAGAAGCGCAAAGCACAAAGAAGACGAUGCCAAUCAACACGUUAUACAAGUCAACCAGUAACCAGUCAGCUCGUCGACGGGUUACACGAGUCAAGCAGUAGCCAGUCAACAUGAUAAACAAGUCAAGCAGUAACCUACAACAGCUAGUAGCCAGUCAAAACCUUAUGCAAGUCAACUACUAACCAAAAUGUCAAAUUUUUACACAAGACAACCAGCUGCCAUUCAGCAUGUUACACAAGUCAACUAGUAACUGGUCAAGAGGUCAGCAAUCAACACGUUACUCAAUCAGCCAAUAACCUGACAACACGGGCUACACAAGUCAAGCAGUAGCCAGUCAACAUGUUACACAAGUCAACCAGGAUCCAGUUACCAUGCAUGUCAAUGAGAAAUAAGUCGACACACAAUGUAGUGUCCAGUCAACACAUUACACAAGUCAGCCGGUAAGCAGCCAACAUGUUCAACAGCUCAACCAGUAACCACUUAACAAGCUACAAAGUCAGCCAGCAACCAAAUAACAUGCAACACCAGUCAAAAUGUUACUCAAGACAGUAACCAGUCCACACAUUAGGAAAGCCAACUAGUAACCAUGCAACGUCUUCAACCAGUGACUAGUGAACAUGUUACACAGUUGAGCAGUCAACAUGCCAAACAAGCCAACCAGGAUCCAGUUACCUCUUUAUGCAAAGUCCAAGCGAAAGCAGUCAACACACUACGAAGGGCCUAGUUACAUAUUACACAGGUCAUUAGUCAACACAUUACACAGCCAGUAACCAGUCACCCAUUAGGCAGGUCAGCCAGUAACCAUGCAAUAUCAGUGACCAGCAUCCCAAGUCAUACCUAACAACAUACCCAAGUCCAGCAGGAUCCAGUCAGUUGUUUACACAGGUCAAUGAGAAAUGUCAACACACAGUGUAGUGACCAGUUAAUAUAUUACACAAGUCAGUCUGUAACUAACCAGCACAUCACAAACGUCAACCAGUAAGAAAUCAAUUCAUCAGCAUUGCAAAAAUCCAGCAGUGAUCAGUGAACACAUUACACAGAUCAGUCACCGCUCAGCUAAUCAAUGGUCAACCAGUUCACCCAGCUUCUGGGGAGUGUAACCCAUGUUACGCAGAAUCUUAUUACCAAUAACAUUUUAGCAGCCUCUGAAUAAAUGCAGUCCAGGAAUGCGUCUGAAGACAGAAAAGGGGGCAAAAAAAGAAGAAAACAGACGCAACCGUGUCCCUCGCUGUUUUUUUUUCUUUUCUUUUUUUUGUGGCUUGCAGGACUCAAACAGGAAGUACUCUCCAUUAUUAACACAGCUAACAGGAAGUAGACCUAGUGACUGCCAAGUCAUCAGUCCCUGUGUCUGUCACAGCGAAUGGAGACAGAGCACCAUCCCAAGUCCAUCUGAACAAUGGAGUGCACUGGUGAAAGGAGACAGGGUCUCGUCCCGUUUAACCUUAUCAACGCCCGCGUGUGCUGUGUCUGGAAAAAAACACAAAAAUAAAUCGCUGCUGUCGCACAAAAACCUCGUAUCUCCAUUUUUGCUGUUUUUCAGUUUAUGGCAUCAUUUGAAAUUGUUUGUUGUCCUUUACGUUGUU